GAACCGGUGAGAAAAUGUCCGGUGAUCUAUUACCAGAAUGGGUAAACCUGUUCCUCGACGACUUCGAGACAAGUCUUUGUCUGCCGAUUCUCGUGGUGAUGAUACUCUGUACCGCUCAAUUCGUGUUCAAUCACGCCUUCGACAUCGGGAAUGUAAUUUAUCAGAAUGUGAGAGCAGCGGCGACGGAAGGGGCGCAAAACACGAAUGACAUGAUGGGGAAACUGAAAGGUCUGACGCAACACUUGGAAAACUUAAGUUCAAGCUUGCGAAUCCAUAAGCGAAUCCGAUGCUUUCUGAAUUUACCAGGUAUUUUGACCACCUUGGGCGUCGGCACUGCCGGCACGAAUGCAAUUCAGAAUCCACCAUCGCCGACAAAUGAUGCGAAUUCUCCGGAAGAGGAAUGGGACUAUUGUGAGGACUAUUGCGAGCUUGAAUAACGAGUCCUUCCUUUAUGCUGAUAUGAAUAAAGAAUUUCCGUACUGUUCGACUAGCAAGAGGCAUUUACCUUUACUUUUGCAACACGGUCGAUAAAACUUUGGAUGUUGCGUGAAGAGACUGAGAGACCGGUAUUCAUAGUUGAAUUUUAUAUUUCAUAUCGUCUUAACACCUUAAGGAAAUGUACACUGAGAAAAAUUUCCAUGAUUUCAAUAAUUAUUUUUCACAUUCCUGAUCACACAAUACAAAAAAAAAUUCUUUAACGGAAAUCGAGAGGGGGCACGAAAAACGGUUUUAUUGAUCCUCCUCCUUUAUGAUCCGAUUGUUAUUUUUAUCGUCCGAUCAAGCGCUGGAUACCUGUAUCCGAUGAAGUUAUCGAUGCAGUUAUCGAUAAAACCUGACCGGAUGCAGUUACUGAUAAAACCUGACCGGAAAAUAAGUCGAUUUAUAUCUAUUGCAAUUUUCAUUUCGGUUAAAGGCUCGACUUGAUCGAAUAAAAUGAUCGAACAUUGCACUCGAUCGGAUAUAUCCGGUUGUUGCUUUUCAAUUGGACUCUGAUCAGAUAUAUUUUCUUCAGUGUGAGAGUUAUUCAUGAUCCCAGCGAGAGAA